AUGGGCUGUACUGCGCUCCGCCAAGGGCAGGCUGAAACGGCGCUGUGCAGCAUGGUGCGGGCCCUGCACAGCUGCCAGCUGGAGCCACAGGGGGUGAGAGGCUGGGUGGGCUCCCUCCGCCCCGUGAGCAUGGUGAAGAGUGAAGGCCCCAAACUGGUGCCCUUCUUUAAAGCCACUUGUGUCUAUUUUGUCCUCUGGCUGCCAACUUCCAGCCCCUCCUGGUUCAGUGCCCUCAUCAAAUGUCUGCCCAUCUUCUGCCUGUGGGUUUUCCUUCUGGCUCAUGGAAUUAACUUCUUAGUGUCACGCCGGAGUGCCAGCCGCAUCCUAGCGGGACUCAUAUUCUCAGCGGUGGGAGACGCCUUUCUCAUCUGGCAGGAGCAGGGCUACUUCAUCCAUGGUCUGCUGAUGUUCGCCAUCACACACAUACUCUACUCCUCAGCCUUCGGCAUGAAGCCUUUGGACCUCAAAGCCGGCUUGCUGAUGGGCCUUGUUUCCAGUUCCUGUUAUGCCUUCCUGUACUCCUACCUCUCCGGCCCGUUCACCUACCUGGUAGCUGUCUACAUCGCCUUGAUUGGCUUCAUGGGCUGGCGAGCAGUUGCCGGCCUGCAGCUGUGCAACGACCUCUGGACAUGGACCAAGCUCUCAGCCUGCAUUGGUGCGAUGCUGUUCAUGGUGUCAGAUCUGACCAUUGCGGUUAACAAGUUCUGCUUUCCUGUGCCCUACUCGCGCUUCAUCAUCAUGGCUACUUACUAUGCAGCCCAAAUGCUUAUUGCACUGUCUGCUGUAGAGAGCAGAGACGAAGAGGACUUCAGAAAGAGGAGCUAG